CUGCACUCCGGACUUAAACAUGCAGCUCGACAGCCUGUUGUGCUUCCGUGCGGACAGAGACGCUAAACUGUGUGGGUCUGAGCACCACCUCUCAGAACUGAGGAUUUUAUUAGUGGGAAAUGCAGAGUCGGGGAGGAGUUCAACAGGAAACACCAUCCUAAACAGAGAGGAGUUUGAGUUAAAGAGCACUUCUCAGUGUGUGAAGAGACAGAGAGACGUAGCAGGGAGACACAUCACUGUGGUUGAAGCUCCAGGAUGGAAAAAGACAAAGCCUGGACUUCAUCAACCAAAGCUACUUCAACAAGAAAUAGAGUCUGCUGUGUCUCUAUGCUCUCCAGGACCCCAUGCUGUACUGUUAGUGGUAAAUUUAAACAAGAAAUGUGAAAAUGUGGAUGUAAGUGAACUACAGGAGAACUUAGAGUUACUCACUUUGAGAGUGUGGAGUCACACUAUAGUGCUGUUCACCUGUGGAGACUGUCUGGGAGACACACCCAUAGAGCAGCACAUCAAGAGUGAAGGGAAGGAGCUCCAGUGGCUGGUUGAGAAAUGUGGGAACAGGUAUCAUGUUCUCAACAAUAAGAACUGGAGUGAUGACACUCAGGUCACAGAGCUGCUGGAGAAGAUAGAGGAGAUGAUGGCAGCAAACAGAGGAUGCCCUUUUGAACUGGACAGAAAGAUUCUACAGGAGGUGGAAGAGAAGAAGAAGGGGUAUGACCAGAGGAAAUUCCUCAGAUCCAAGAUGGGGGCUGAAUUUGUGGAUGAAUACAGGAAUAUGCUUAUUCAGAGAGUUCCCUCAGUGAUGGGAAUUGCAGACCAGCUACGAAGUAAAAAAAUGAUCCCUGCUGAAAUACACGGCAACAUUCAGACUGAAAAAACAUCUCAGGAUCAAAUGAGGAUCUUGUACAGCGUUCUAGACUCAGGAGGAAGAGCUGCGAAAGAAGAAUUCUAUGAAAUCCUUAAAACGAUGAUGCCUUCCUUAGUGAGUGAGCUGGAGGCUGGACCCAGAACAAGCAGUGAAGAAAAACCAAAGAGUGAACAAUACUUGGGGAGGUACAUCAAAUAUGACCUGAGGUGGGCUUUGAACUGCCUGGAUGAAGCUGAUCUGAAGAAAUUCAAGAACAAUCUUUGCGAUCGUUGGUUAGACCCUCGCCUGCACCGCCACAAUGUGGAGAGAAUAAGGGACAACAUGGACCUGGCAAACCUUCUCAUCAACACCUUCAAUGCAAGGAACGCAGUGCAAGUGACGAUGGAGAACUUAAGGAUGAUCGGCUGCAAUGGAACCGCGGAGAGGCUGAAACGCGUCGCUGACAGAAGUUUCUUUAGUUUUUUUGUGGAUGAAAACAGAGAAAAGCUCAUUCAGAGAGUUUCCUCAGUGAUGGAAAUUGCAGACCAUUUAAAGUGGAGAGGCACGAUCACUGAUGAAAUAUACAGCAGCAUUCAAACUGCAAAAACAUCUCAGGAGCAAAUGAGGAUCUUGUACAGCGCUCUAGACUCAAGAACAAAUGCUAAAGUGGAAUUCUAUGAAAUCCUUCAAAUGAUCAAGCCUCACUUACUGCAUGAACUUUCUGGACACAGUGAUAUUUUCAGCAGUUACAUGCCAACACUAACACAGCCGGACACUAAAGAUCGGUCCUUGAUGGAUGCAGAAAUAUUCAAUCCUGAAACGGUUGAAAAAAGUCAAGGAGACAAGAUCACAACCUCAUACAGAUUUUUGUGCCAUCAUGCUGGUCACUUUCAGUGUAAAGUGACUGGUCUUGUGUUUAUGAUGGAGGGAGAAGGGGAAGUGCUGUACAAAAUAGAGCCCUGGGAUACCCAGCAGUUAGAUGGUUUGGGCCAGAAGACGCCUGCAGGUCCUCUGUACAAUAUUGAGUGCUUCAAAGGUCCAAUCAGUCAUCUGCACCUCCCACACUGUGAGAUAAUUGAUGGUACUGAAGAGAAUAAGGUCAAACAGGCUGUGGCACAUUUCACUGAUGAUAAUGUAGAGAUCAUUACACCCCUGCAAGUGACAUCCACACAUGUGAUCAUACGCAUCCAAGGUCUCUCUCUCCUUGGAAUCAUAAGCGAUCUACGAGAUCUACUAUUUAAGCCUCAUCUCAUCAAUGCCCAAGUAUUACUCUUCUACAAAACACUGGCUGUCACGCAAAGUGUAAAUGUACUAUACAUCCACCUGUUGCCUGGAAACAUACCAACUGACGAGGUGAUAAAAAAACAUAAGUUCAACCAUUUUAUUCAGACCACCUCCAAAUGCCAGUUAAUCCACGGAAGAAAAUACAAACCAUCCUGUCACCCUCAUGAAUACCAACCAACGGUUGAGACAUUUGAUAUUGGCUUAGACCUCAAGUCUCUCAAUUUUCAUGCCACAUUUGAGGUGUUCCUUGACUGUGAAACUAAGAAUGCCAGAAUAGGUCUUUUGGAUGAGUAUGGUCGGGAGGUGUGGGAGCCCCGACGUGUCUUUCUUGCAGCAGAUACCAGUACAGAGGCAACCUCACCCAAAGUGGCGGCAGCUGUUAAAUUUGUGGAUGAACACAGGCCAGCGAUCAUUCAGAGAAUCUCCUCUGUGAAGGAGAUAGCGGAUGAUUUACUAAGCAAGAAAAUGAUUAGUAAGGAAAUGCACAGUAAGAUCAGAGGAGAAAAAACAUCUCAGGAUCAAAUGAGGAUCUUAUAUGAUGGUCUCGACUCAGGUGGAGCAGCUGUGAAAGCAGAAUUCUAUGAAAUCCUUAAAGUGAAGCUACAAUCAUUAGUAGAUGAACUGGAAGCUGGAUCAAGCAAGACCCAAUGAAUCAACCACACACUGUAUCUCAAGAUCUACCUGAGAUGUAGUUUUUGGUAAACAGGACUACAAAUGGGGCUCUGCAAGCAGCUAAAUUGCUGUUUCCCCUCUGAGAUAAACGCUGCUGCAUAUGUUAUCUGUGAUAAACAAGUGUCCUUUAGUUCUUACACUAAUUAAACAAACCAAUCUAGAACUUGAAA